AUGUCCCUCUCCGACGACCAAUUCGCCGCCAUCACGGCCGCGGAACGAGCAACCUCCGUCCUCUCAGUCAUCGGCACCACCAUCGUCAUCAGCACGUUUCUGUCAUCUCCAUCAUUCCGCAAACCCAUCAAUCGCGUCGUCUUCUAUGCUUCAUGGGCAAAUGUCCUCACCAAUGUCGGGACACUCAUCUCACGGACGGCGAUUGUGCAAAAGGAGCAUGGGGAGGCGCUGUGUCGGUUUCAGGCGUUUAUUAUCCAGUGGUUCAUGCCGGCAGAUGCAUUAUGGACAUUCGCGAUGGCGUUCAACGUCUACCUGACAUUUUUUCAUAAAUAUGACGCCGCGAAAUUGAGACACUUAGAAUGGAAGUAUCUUGUGCUGUGUUAUGGCCUGCCGUUCAUUCCGUCGUUUGUGUACUUUUUCAUUUCGUCUAGUUCCAAAGGACCUGUAUAUGGUUCUGCCACUUUAUGGUGCUGGAUCGCCGUGGACUGGGACAUACUCCGUAUCGCCGUCUUCUACGGCCCCGUAUGGUUCGUGAUUUUGCUCACAUUUGCCAUUUACGCUCGCGUCGGUAUUGACAUUGCCCGGAAACGGCGCAUGCUUCGAAGCUUCAACGAGGAAGCGAACAUGAUGAUGGAUGAUCGAUUGAAUAAAUUGUUUGAGAUUCAUGCUUCCAAAGUGGUGCACGUUACCAGCGAGGCGGCAAAUGGGCCAGCUGUGGACGGGCAUGCCAAUAGCAGCGGCAGUGGCCACAACAACAGCCAGAGCAGCAGCAGUAAUGUGAAUAUUAAGGUCAACAGAAAUGCCGACGACGCCAGCAAUAUAACUACCUUUCCGGCAUACUCAGUCACCGUCGCGGGAGGUGAAGCCUUCCCAAUACCGCCAUCAGCAACAUCGACAGUCGGAAGCGCCAGCGUCAAAGUAUCGCCGACGUCGCCACGGCGUCACCCAAGGAUGGAUAUCAGUUCAGCUGCGUUUGCAUACUUCAAGUAUGCUGUCUUAUAUUUCAUCGCCUUGUUGGUCACAUGGGUCCCCUCAACAAUAAACCGCGUAUACAGCCUCAUAUACCCCAACAACGCCGUCUUCGGCCUCGAAUUUGUCUCUGCCUUCGUUCUUCCCUUGCAGGGCUUCUGGAAUAGUAUCAUUUACAUCGCUGUCUCGUGGUCGACAGUGAUGGACUUUGUGCAUCGAUUUCGAGCACGAAGACAGCCAUCGUCUUCAUUGGCUGGUGAGAUGAGGUUGAAGCAGUACUUUAGUAAUAAGAGUAGCGAGAAUGGUGGGAGUCAUGUUGGGAGAAGGGUCUCGGAUGAUACGGAGAGUACGACAAAUUUUGCGAGGGAUACGGAGGGGUUAUAA